ACUUUUAUUCUGAAGUGUUUGCGGGCGGUAGUUUGAUAGCGGAAGUCCGUGCCGCUGGUGGUUGCAGUUCAGGCGGAUCCCGUCAGUGUCUGAUCUCAAACUUUCUGUUAAACCAAAAAACGUCUGAAAGCCGGUGACAUGGGGGAUAAGGAGUUGAUGUGGGCCCUGAAGAAUGGAGAUCUGGAUGAGGUGAAGACUCUGUUGGUGAAGGCGGAGGACGUGAACAGGACUCUGGAGGGCGGUCGGAAGCCUCUUCAUUACGCCGCAGACUGUGGUCAUUCAGAGAUGUUGGAGUUUCUUCUGUCUAAAGGAGCAGAUGUCAACGCUCCAGAUAAACACGGUAUUACCCCGCUGCUGUCUGCCACUUACGAGGGUCACGUGACCUGCGUCAAGAUUCUUCUAGAAAAGGGUGCUGAUAAGGAGCGGAAAGGUCCGGAUGGUCUCAGCGCGCUCGAGGCGGCCGAGAGCGAGGCCAUCAAAGAGCUACUGAAGUGAGUCACUUGCUGCUGAACAACAGAGAGGAUUGAACCUGCAGCCACCGAAUCCAACAAACACACACAAACUCGCGCACACACACACACGCCUCUCUGUCUCCGCCAAGCGACUGCAUCAGCUCCUCUUGCUUUCCUGUUGUUUUAGUUUUUUUCAUGGUCUUAUUUUAUUUUGGGAGACGAACAGGUGCUGUCUCCUCUAGUUUAUCAAAUGCAGCCAUUGGCUGAUGGACCUGUCACUCACGCCUCCCGUAAGGACCAAUGGGAAAGCCGUCGGACACCACCUGUAUGACAGCACGAAACACAGUAUGUAGAGUAGAGAAUGAAAUUGAUGUGUGCAUUUAUUUUUUCGGACUGUAAGACAAAAAAGGAGCGAUUGUGAUUUAGAAAUGAGUGGUUAGUUCAUAGGAUUUUGAAAAAGAAAACUAGCUGAGCGACACUCCGGCCCGACAUCGAUCAGACGACAUUCCUGCAUAUUAGCUGUUCAGAAAACAAACAAAAAAACACUCAUUUUACUGGCCGCACAUUUGCCUUUGUGCUCUCUUGAAUUUUUGUUGUUGUAGAAAGAAAUAAAAUAAUUCUCA